UCAAUUUGGGGCACAACAUGCACUAACGCAUAGCGUAAAGUCAUGUAAAGCAGUCCUUACACAAUUCACUCCAAACAAACCUCUAGAAAAGGCUCUUAUAUUAGCUUUUAGUGUUCUUGUUCUUGUAUCUUCCUUCUCAUGUGCUUUUCUUGUCAUCCAUAAGUUAUCUUCAACAUAGAGAGAGAAUAAGGGCGGAUCAGAGUCUUACAAAUAGAUAGCAAGAGAGAACAAGAAGGAAAAUAACGCACCAAGAAAAGAAGUGAUGGAGAGGAAGGUGGUGGUGAUUUGUAUAUUGGUGAUCUUCCUUAGCCUCCUCUCUGCUGGACUUGCUUUUGCGGCUGAGAUCACUAAGAUACAGGUUUCUGGUACUGUCACAAUGGAGGAUGGUCGAUGUGGAUACCCAAGCACUCCAGCUUCCCUUUUAGGGAUGCUUUCUACUCUAUUUUUCUUGUUAGCUCAUAUAGGAAUUUAUACAGCAGCCGGAUGCAUAUGUUGCAAAAUCCAACAUAGUCAUCCUAACUUGAAGUGGAUAAUAGGGUUAAUCUGCUUCACUCUAUCCUGGUUGGCUUUCUUACCAGCAACAUUGCUACUGCUUCAUGGUGCGUUCUUGAAUGACCAAGGGUACAAGGUCGGCACUAACUCCUACUUGGAGCCUGCAUGUGGGGGUACUAGUGAUGGCGUGUUUCCUAGUGGUGGAAUACUAGUUCUCGCUUGCAAUUUCCUUGCCAUAGGCUACUACCUCGCUCUGCGCCCAAUAAAGGGCAUCCUCCCAAUUGGGGAGCACCAAAUGCGAGGCAGCUACGAGAUCGCCAUGGGCCAACCACAGUUUCCGCCACCACUAGAGAUAUUACAAGUGUAG